UGUACGCGCCGUUAUUUGCGUCAUCGGUGUGUGACCGGUGCAGUUGGAGUAGAAGAAGCAGAAAUGGCUGCAAGGUUACUAAGAGCUGCAGUCCGGGCUUCGGCUGUGUGCCGUGUUUCUCCCGUUCCUGUCCUCAGCAGGGGCAUGGCGGCCGGAGGCAUUCCCACUGAUGAACAGCAGGCCACUGGGCUGGAGAAAAAAAUUCUGAAGUCCUUUAAGGCUGGCGCGGACCCGUACAGUGUGUUAAAGCCGAAGCAGUACGCUGGCUCCAAAGAUGACCCACACAUCGUCCCCUCCAUUAACAACAAGCGCAUUGUCGGCUGUGUCUGUGAGGAGGACAACACAGCCAUCGUGUGGUUCUGGCUGCAUGAAGGAGAACCUCAGCGUUGUCCAUCCUGUGGCUCGCACUACAAACUUGUUCCUCAUGAGCUUCCUCAUUGAGAGACUGUAAACAUUCAGCACUGUUUUUUUCCCCCCGUGUUAAAUAAUAUAACAUUUAUACACACAGAAUUACUGCAGUUACACACCUGACUGUGGAACGUGUGUGUCUCACCAGUUACUCUUAAUAAAGACUUCAAACCUC